AUGGUCGCCUCUGCAGACGAGAUCCUCUCUCGGGGGACCACCUCUGUGGGCAACGCCCUUGUCCCGAUCUUGGAGGGGGAUGCGACUCCACCUGACGAGCUCGACCAGCCUCAUAUGGUCCCUCUGAUGCGAUGGCAUGAUCGGUGGUGGUACCUUGUUGACACAUUCAUUUCCACCAACCAAGGCCAAGCCAUUUUGCUCGUGGUUGUGUGUGUGGUGAUGGCAUUUUCGUUGGGACCGAUUGUCCAGGUAGCAGGACACAAUCCGUACGGGGACUCUGUCUGGCGCGUGUGGACGUACAUGACGGACACGGGCACCCAGAACCACGCAGAAACGCACGAGCAAAAAGCGGUCGCGUUUUUCCUGACUAUCAUCGGGUUUGUGUACUUUGCAGUCGUUGUAGCGUUCGUGGUCGAUUCGAUCCGGGAAAAGAUGGACCAGCUCAAGCACGGCCGCACGACUGUCGUCGAGAUUAACCACACGCUCCUGCUGGGGUGGUCGGACAAGGCGAUUCCGUUCAUUCAGGAGAUUUGCCACGCCAACGAAAGCGAAGGUGGGGGCGUGGUCGUGGUCCUGGCAGACAUGAGCAACGAGCGUAUGGCUGCCACCUGCGAUUCCCAAUUACCCACGCGGCUGGGAACGCGAGUGAUCUACCGAACGGGAAACCCCCUGCUUGUUACAGACCUCAACAUGGUGUCGGCGCACACAGCCCGCAGCAUUUGCAUUUUGGGCACCGACCACGACUCUGGGAAAAGUGACGCCAACCUCUUGCGUGUCAUCCUCGCCAUCGAUAGCCUUCCAGAGGUGAAGGGCCACGUGGUUGCUGACACGAGCGACAUUGACAACGAUGCGCUGAUUCAGUUGGUCGGGGGGGCCAACUUGGAAACCCUCGUAUCGAAUGACAUCAUGGGGCGAUUGAUUGUCUUGUGCAGUCGAUCGCCAGGGCUGGCCAAAGUGUACGCCACCCUGUUGGGGUUUUCUGGCAACGAAUUCUACUUUGAAGUGUGGCCGGAAUGCGUGGGCGUUCCAUUUGCCCUGCUGACCCACUGGUUCCGCGAUGCCAUCCCCAUCGGGUACCGAGACGUCAAAGGACAUGUGCACUUGCUGCCUGCCAUGGGGCAUCGCAUGCAGCCUGGUGAGGCACUUCUCGUGCUCGCAGAAGACAAUGACUCGUAUAAACCAAAAGCGCCCGACACAGCCAGUCCCACUACAACCCCUACUUCAAUGCCCACCCCCAAAACCCGCCAGAAGAUUCUAGUCUGCGGAUGGCGACGGGAUCUCCGCGACAUGUUGCGCCUCUUGGAUACGUUGUCCGCACCAGGCACGGUGGUGUACUUAUUAAACGAAGUAUCGGUCGAGGCGCGGGUGGCCAUGUUACUGGACGACGGAAUGGACGUGAGUUCCCUGUCCAACAUCUCGCUGGUGCAUUUAGAAGGCAAUGCCGCUGUCCGGCGCCAUGUCAGUCCGAUCCAAUUGCACGAUUUUGACUCGUACAUUGUCGUGUGCGAUGCAUCGAGGGAGAGCGAUAUCCUCGCGAGUGACUCGCACGUGUUGGCGACGGUGCUGGUGCUGCGGAGUGUCGAGAUCGAACAGCAAUCCUACCGCACCAAGCAAUUGUUUGUCCAUUCUGAGGUCGCCGAGUUACAACAACGCCAGCGAAAGAUACCGUGCAUUGCCGAAGUGCUGGACCCGCGCACCCAAAAAACCAUCCUCCAAAAUAAACAGAUCCGGGACAGCAGUGAGUUUGUCCAAACCAACGAACUGAUCAGUCGCAUGCUGGCGAUGGUGUGUGAGAACCGCCACGUCAAAGGCAUACUGGACGAACUGCUCAGCGGAAAGGGGGCGACGCUGGACGUCGUGCCCGCCUCCCGGUAUUUGCUCGACAAGCACGAACGAAUCAGCUUCCACGACCUCGUCCUGCGCGCCCAGCAAAUGGACGAAAUUGUGUGCGGAUUCCAGCCGCACAUGUCGUCCAGCUACGCCGACGAGCCCACGCAGCUCAACCCAUCAGACAAGACCGGCGUUUAUUCGUAUUGGGACAAGAUGGACUUAGUCAUAUUGUGCGAAGGCAGACGGGAGAAAAACGUCAAGCGCAUGCAGUUGGCGUGCACCGCGCUGUGGCAAGUGUUGGCGCACAAGCACGGUCGCGAUGCCAUCAAUGAACAAGGCGGCGGCGACACGCCAGCUCAAGACGACGAGGUUCAGGUCAUUCCACGGCUGGAAGACUUGGCAAUGCACAGCAGCUUUCGGCACUUGAAACAGUCCAGUCACACGGCAACUUCUUCGUUCUGUGGGAGGUGGGGCUCUAUGCCCCCCGACACGCAGCUGCUCCAGGGGUCCAGCGAUACAAUCCGGAGACAACAACAGCGUUACAACGCUGUGACACCGUGGCUAAGCACGCAAGCACCUGACCGCCGCAUGUUUCGACGACCGAUCAAGGCAAGAUUGACAGAGUUGUGGGGCAUGACUGAGGAGAUAGAAGACGUCGUGGCCGGGUUGGGUCUACCAGGACGACAAGUGUCGUAUUUAUGA